AUGGCCACAUCAUUCCUUGACGCGUCCACGAUUUAUGGUAAUAACGAUAUUCAAUUACAAAGUUUACGUGAUUUUAAUAAUAAUGGGAAAAUGAAAUUGGAAUAUUUUCAAACACCUGAUGGACAAUUUGGAUAUCCACCUCAAAAUGCGGAUGGAGAAUUAAUUACGGGAAUUGUAGCGAAAACAAAGAAUGUAUUUACUGAUAUGUUCGCUACGCUCUUUUUACGUGAACAUAAUCGUUUAUGUGACGAUUUAUAUGAGAUACAUGGUAAUGAUUGGGACGAUGAAAAAUACUUUCAAGAGGCAAGAAGAUGGGUGAUAGCAUUUAUUCAAAGAAUUACCUAUUAUGAAUAUCUUGGAACUGCACUCGGAGCUAAUUUACCUCCGUAUAAAGCAUAUGACCCUAACCUUAGGCCCACUAUUGACACUUUCUUUGCUUCGGUGACUUUUCGUUAUGGACAUUCCGAAAUCAGUCUAGAUUUGGUUCGAGGUAGAGAUCACGGUAUUCCGUCAUAUAAUGAUGCAAGGGAAGCAUUUAAUUUACCAAGAAAAUCAUCUUGGGCAGAGAUCUCAAGCGAUAUCGAAGUACAAAAAAAAUUACAAGAAACAUAUGGAACCGUAGAUCGAGUUGAGGCAUUAAUGGGUGGAUUGGCCGAAGAUCACGUUAAUGGAGGAAAUUAUGGGGAAUUAUUUUCAAAAAGUUUUUCUGAAUCAUGGUUAAAGAUAAGAGAUUCUGAUAGAUUUUGGUAUGAAAAUAAAGAUGCAGGAUUUACCAAGGAUGAGAUAUCGAAAAUACAGCAAACAACAUUAUUACAAAUUUUAGAAAGAAAUACUCCACAAUAUGUAACAUAUCCACAAAAUCUUUGGGUGCAAAUAUUCUUGGGAUUGAUUAAAUAUGGCGCGGACAAAGCAUUUAUUUGGGCCUAUUUAGCAUGGUUAACAAGCGAAUUUUAUUACAAGAUUAAAAAUAUGCAAUUCUUAUGGCCAGCAAGACAAGCCGAUGAUUUAUCGGAACGUAUCCGUGCUUGUAUUCCUCAUAAAUUUUAUGAACAUUUACCCGCCAUAUCAUGGAGCGAAUUUAAUCAAAGGGUUAUGACAGGAGCUAGCCUCGUUAUAGCGGAAGGAUUAGUAUUUGAUAUCCAUAAAUGGAUCCCAAUACAUCCAGGUGGACAAAAGAUUUUACAACGUGUCAUUGGGACAGAUAUUACCAACGAUUUCUUUUUCGAUCCAUCAGUUGUAACAGUGAUUAAUCAGAACUUUAGUAAUGAAUAUGAUGAUAAACAACAAAAUAAUAGUAUAUCGGUACUCACAGAUAACAAUUAUAGGGACAAAAGGCAACAUGAAACGAUGCAUAAACCUCACAGUAUAGCAAAUGCCGUUGACAUGAUUAAUUCUUCUGCAUUCAAACAUUGUAGGGUAGCAAUGCAUCGACAUUCCAAAUUUGCUACAUCAAAAUUAGCUAGUAUGGUAAUUGCCAGGAUCCUAGAUCCUGAAGAAGGCAUGAUGAAUGUAAAAGGACCCCCAUCAUUAUCUUCAAAAAUAGCAUUAAGUAAAUCUGAGUUGGCAGAACUACAACCUCAUCAACAUUCUCCUAAUAUUUUCCGUCGUUAUAUUUUAACAAAUAUUGAAACAGCAUCUAGAUAUGAUGCUGAAAGACCUGUUAAAAAAUUCACGUUUCAAGUUAUCCAUCCAAAAGACAGAUUACCAAGAUUUCUUCCCGGUGAUUAUAUUGAAAUUAUGAGCUAUGCUAAUAAUCACGUGGCUAUUAGACCAUAUACUCCUCUUCAAGGACCGACUGAUAAUAGUUUUUGUAUAUUGGUUAAAUUAUAUAAAGAUGGUGUAAUGUCUCAACAUUUGGUGAGAGGACCGUUUGACAUAGCGGAUAGAAUGUCACAUGCAACGCUACCUCCGUCAAUCAAACCAACGGGUUCAAUAAUUAGUAGGCCAUCAUCGCCUUCAGCAACGUCACCAAAUCGUGCUGGUAACGAUGCUAGAAUGAUUGGUGGACGCGAUGGACGCGAUAAUAGAUCGUUUAACCAACAACCCUCAAUGUAUGAUAUGAGUAGAGGAAAUUCAAUUUAUAAUAGUGGUAUUGGGAAUAGUAAUAAUAUUGGCGGUAAUAAUAAUUAUUUGAACAAUAUACUUGAUGGUAGGAGUGGAAUAUUGUUGAAUAAAGAAAGAGAAGAUUUAUGUUGGGAACAUUUGUUCAUGGUUUGUGGUGGUACUGGAAUUACCCCAAUGUUACAAUUGAUACAAUAUCAUCUGGAUAAAGCGAGCGCUUUCAAUUCAGAUUUCAAUUUAUAUUUAUUAAAUGCGAACGACACAAUAGCGGAUUUGAUCCAACCAAAGUAUUUAGAUUAUUUAUGUCAAAUACUUAAAGGGAAACUUAAGAUUACUUAUAUCUUAUCGAAACCACCACCAAUUUGGAGAGGAUUAACUGGAAUGAUCGAUGAAACUUUAUUGUAUGAUUGGAUUAGUCAAAAUUAUUCCGUACCUCCACCAGCAAUUCCACCAAGGUUAAGUGUCGCAAGUGGAAGUGGAAGUGUAUUAAGCGCAAGCACCCUCAUAAGCAAUAGUUAUCAACAUCUUCAUUCCACAUCAGGUGCGAAUAAUUUGGGUAAUAAUCAAAUUCAUGACAUUGAAGAAGUCGUUGAACAUGAUGGCGAAGAUCAGAUUUAUGAGCAACAAUAUAAUGAUGAGAAUCAAUAUGAUCCUCGUCGUGCAUCUAAUAGAGUAUUACCUCCUCCGAUACAAGUUCCAACACAAACAUCACCUCAUAUUCGUCCUUUUUCAACCAAUUCACAAUAUUUACCUUAUUACUUUUCCCCUUUACAAAAUAAUACAUUAUCACAUCAAACAAGUGAAAUGAUAAUGUUAAAUGAACGUCAUAAUUAUAUGAAAUCAUUAGCCACCGAUGCUACUCAAGUUAAGUUGAUCGUGUGCGGUAGUAGUCAAUUUAACGAUAAUAUCAGAAAAUGUUUGGUGGAAAAAUUAGGUUUCCCUAUUGAUGAUAAGGCUAUUUUCAUUAAUUAA